CCCACUCUCCAUUAGCUCACUGCAAUGUCUUGUCAAACCAACACCUCUACGCAGCAAGUUACUCGUGAAAAUGCAGACAAGUCUUCUAACCGCCAAGGUUGCGGGUUCUCCUGCGAUCAAUGCAACGCCAGUUUCAACCGCCUAGCUCACUUACGACGCCAUGAGCUCACGCAUGGAAGCGAGAAACCGUACAACUGCAUGUAUUGCUCCCUAACAUCUUCCAGAAAAGAUGUCAUCGUCCAAUCACGGCCUUGGCAACAGAAAGUCCUCUGGCUUUCGAGGCAGGCGUCGCAACAAUUCUCACCCCGGAGCUGCUCGUCCGAAAGGAUCAAAGAACGGCUCUGCGCGAGCAUCACCUGCCACGACGACGGCCCGAGGACAGCAAGAUCGUCAUUCAGAAGGAUUCAACGACGCAAUCGAGGAGCGCGAUGAGUCUCCGACAAACAAUGAGGUAGAUGAAUCUCAGAGCAGCCAGGCUAAUUCGCUGGACAUUGCCAUGCCCUCGCAGCCCGACAUGUUCCCUGCCUAUCUUUCAGGGAGUCCCCUGGAAUUCAACGCUUCAUUCAUGGACCCCGACCUCAUCAACCCAAAUCUUUCCGCCAUGUUCGAUCUCGACGCGCUUCUGUCGGAUGCCCAAGAACUUUUUGGCGAAGUACCACGCUGCAAUCCCCCGGAACUACCGACACUAGCCC